ACUUUAAAAGUACUUUCUCUCCUUGGAAAAGAUGAGUAAGCAGCUUUUCGAGCGCCUGGCAGUGGCUCCUCUUGACCAGCGGGUCACAUCCUUGGAUGCCUGCGCCUACUUCUAUCGCUUUGCCACCUGCCUGGGAUGGAUACCGCCGGUGGAGAAGGGUUGGCUUAGGUGGACAUACGCCUUGUGGACAAUAACCACCAUGCUGAUGGGUGUGGUCUAUCUGCCCCUGGGCUUGUCCCUCACCUAUGUGGUGCACUUUGACCGCUUCACGCCGAUGGAGUUCCUCACCUCGCUGCAGGUGGAUCUCAAUUGUGUGGGAAAUGUGAUCAAGACGUGUGUGACCUACUCGCAGAUGUGGCGGAUGCGGCGGAUGAAUGAGCUGAUAGCUCCUCUCGAUGACAGAUGCCGCACUCCCAGCCAGAGAGAGAUCCUACACAAAGUGGUGGCCAGAGUGAAUCGUGUGAUUAUAUUCUUCAUGUGCACAUACUUUUCCUUCAGCAUCUUGACGCUCUUCACGAGCAUUGCUGUCGGCAAGGCUCCAUGGCAGCUGUAUAAUCCCUUUGUGGAUUGGAUGAUAGGCACCUGGCAACUGUGGGUUGCCUCAAUUGUGGAGUUCUUUAUGGUUUGGACUGGGGAAUCACAGGAGUUGCUAGCGGAUACAUUCCCCAUAGUCUUCAUCUCUCUAUUUCGUGCACAUCUGGCUAUACUCAAGGAUCGCAUAGAGAAUUUGCGAAAGGAUGAGGAGCUCAGUGAGGAGGAGCAUUACGAGGAGCUGGUGGCCUGCAUUCAGGAUCAUCGCACAAUUAUAGAAUGCUCCAACAUCAUCCGUCCCAUGUUAUCCUACACCAUCUUUGCCCAGUUCAUGCUGGUUGGCAUCGUCCUGGGCCUGGCAGGCUUUAAUAUCCUGUUUUUCCCCAACACCAUCUGGACGAUCCUCUCGAAUAUCGCCUUCAUCAUGGCCAUUUGCACCGAGACCUUUCCCUGCUGCCUGCUCUGUGAAUUCCUCAUCGAGGAUUGCUCCAAGCUCAGCGAUGCCGUCUUCCAUUCCAACUGGCUGACGGCCACAAAGCGUUAUAAAUCGGCAGUUAUAUAUUUCCUGCAUCGAACUCAGCAGGUCAUUGAGUUCAAGGCUGGCUCUAUUUUUCCCAUUUCCGUGCAGAGCAAUAUUGCAGUGGCCAAGUUUGCUUUCACCAUCAUCACAAUUGUCAAUCAGAUGAAUCUGGGGGAGAAGUUUAAGAGAAAUAGAGAAAUGCCAGGAGACCUAGAUAGAGUCCUGAUGGAGGAUAACUAGUGAGAGAUUUUCGGAAACAAUAUUUGCACGAAGGCACUCUAAAUAGUUAUACACUCACUAAACUUGCAUCCUCAAGCAGAUUACAAGUAUCCUUCGAGGAUUAUAAUACUAGAUAUAUAGAAAUGUAGAGC